GUUUUUGUUCGUUUGAAAGACGUCCUGACCUUUCGCGUAUAUGACACGCCUUUUUGGGAAGGUCUUUUAGGAGGUCCGAAGAAACUUGCCCUACACGGCCGCCGGCGCUCAGGUAGUGCUCUCGUGUGUCUCCUCUCCCAGGACCGACUUUCGUCUUUGGCCUGACGCGUUUCUCUUCUGCACGUUGUUGGUCCGUGUUCGUGCCCCUCUCCCCACUGGAGUUCUUUUUCCUAAGAAGAAACGAGCUUUGCCCCUGCCCCGUAGUUCUUUGUCGUUGUGGCGAAAGUGUCGUUUUCCAGAGGGUUCAGCGCCGCUCUGCACAGCCGUUGCCUUCUGCUUUUUUUUCGACUACUUGCCUCCACCACGUUUGCCAUCGUCUCUGACACAGUUCUCCUUUUCGCCGACUCCAUCUUUCAAGUUCCCCCUCCAGCGUCGUACCCCCGUCGCUCGCGGACGAAGUCCCGUUGCUCGACUAACGCUUUCCGUCCGUCGCGUCCCUUCCUCUCUUCUCUUCAUUUGAAGAAAAUGCCUGCCCCUGCUGCGAGCGGCGCUGCCGCCGUUCUCUCAAAAGAUAUCGCACGGUCCUUCCGGUGGAUGCAGGCGUUUGCUGCCGUGAAGGGGAAGCCGACAGCGGGAUCGUGCGCGGCGGGAACUGCGGUGGUUAACCCCGAAGACCCGACCAAGGUGACCCUCAAGGGGCGGUACACGAACUUCUCUCUGCAGCACAUUUGGGAGAAGUACGACUAUUUGCAGACACACUUGCUGUUGAGAGAAUGCAUGCUCUCUCAGGUUGCGAAAAACCCCCGCCUCCUGGACCCGGAAAUCAACGCUGGCCUCACACCGACUGUGUUCAUGCGCGUGCCGCCAGAGACCCAGGAUCCAGAGACGCAGGCAAAGGCGGCGCCUCAAAAGGGACAGGCCAAUUAAGUCGAAAUACAAUGUCGUGUGAGCCUGAGAAUACGGACGUUUGCGAGGCGGGACCAGAUGCGUUUAUUCGCUUGGGUAUGCAGAUAUAGGCGUAUAUGCAACAGUGUGUACACUCGCACCUGUCUGUGUGGCUUCACUCGUGAAGUAGACGCGCAGUUCAAGCCUUGACAUGCUCUUUCGGAGACUGCCUCUUCGCUUACAUCCAGCAAUAUUGUUGCAUAGCUCGUGCAUGCAUGCGAAUCCUCGUGGUGAAACGCAGCUCCGGAGGACACAAAGCAGUGAGGGUAUUUAGGAUGCCCGGAACUGCAUAGAGUGUGUGUUUCGAGAAACGCUUCAUUUCGAGUGCUUUAUCCAUUCGCUUGCUUCACCCAUCACCACAGGGGAAUUGGCGAAUGCCAAUGCCACAGAAAACUCAUCGCCGAAAAAGCGGGUCUACGACCUCUUGGUUGCUAGAAAAUGCCCCGGCGACUGGUGUGGCAUCGUGCACUACACAGGCGGGUCUGCUGGCAACUCUUAUGUGACACUAUCGUCCAUGGCAAGACGGGGUACGUACAGCUUAGCUUAUUAGAAUAUGUGUAUAUGAUAGUCGUACUAGAAACACGUGCACAAAAUGCUGAGAUCUGUUCUCAAGAAGCUAUCCGCGCUGUCAAUUGCCCUCCUAGUAGAGUAACGCCAGGAGAGAAGCUUCAAAGUAGUCUCGCUUAGUUUUGGGAAGCGCUUCUCCUCGAGGCUGGAUUCAUGUACACGUUUUUUGGGAACUCCAGGUUUUUUCCAGGUUCCCUUUCAUCACCAGCCUCGGGCAAGAGGUAUUACAUCGCGCAAAAAUGACGUGCAUUCACAACUGAACCGUACCGGGAUCGCUUUCUUGUAUCGUCGCAGACACACAAGAAUGAGUCCAAGACACACUGUAUUGUUUCACUUCGAAGAACGCAACUUGUUUAGAACGAAGAAACGCGAGGCUGAUGCUUCUGUCGUGCGGCAGACGUCACGGAAUUCUCAAUGGUCUGUAGCACUGUUUUGAGGCGGAAAGGUAGCCUAGUCUGAGGUAUUGCAUUUCUGUCGACUCCACUGCCUUGUUCGCUCAAAAAGGAAUCCGUCAAACGGGGC